AUGUCGAUUCGUUCUCGGAGUCUGCUCCACAGCACGGCCCAUGAUCGAUGUCGUGUGGCCAGCGAGUAUUCGCCGCUGCAAUCCCAGCCUCACUGCCCAGGCGGCGGCUCGGUGUCUCCGCGCAUCCCUCGUCCACAGCGCGUGCACAGGGCGCGCCUCCUGCCGCCACCGCCCACCUGCCGCCCACCUGCCGCCCUGUUGCGUCGCCCACUACGCCGCCCGUCGCCCACGCGCCGCCCCGCCCAGCGGCUGAGACUUCCACACCGCGCGGCCUGCCGACCACCUGCGCCGCCCACCUGCCGCCCAGAGGCGCCGCCCACUGACGCCGCCACCGCCGCCGCCGCCCACGCGUCGCCCCGCCCAGCUGCCGAGACUUCCGCGCAGCGCGGCCUGCCGCCCACCUGCGCCGCCCACCUGCCGCCCACUGACGCCGCCCGUCGCCCACGCGCCGCCCCGCCCAGCGGCCGAAACUUCCGCGCCAUGCGGCCUGCCAACCACCUUCACCGCCCACCUGGCGCCCAGAGGCGCCGCCCACUGACGCCGCCGUCGCCCACGCGCCACCCCGCCCAGCUGCCGAGACUUCCCGCCGAGCCCCACCCCACUGCGCGCGACAUAUGGUCACUUCGUCACCUAGCCAGCCAGCCAGCCAGCCAGCCAGCGUGGGAAAUGCUCACCGACUCGUGGCUGGCUAAACACUACAUCAGUUCCUAA